UUGGAGAGCCACGAGCAGAACCAGGAGGCAACCGGCAUGUCUGCAACGCAGGAUCGCGUGUCGCAGCGCGCCCCUAGGUCUUGUCAGCCAUGCAGUCGGCGCAAGCUCAGAUGCUCAAAGCAAAUCCCCUGUUCCGCCUGCGUCUCACGAGGUGUCCCUGACGGCUGCCGCCGGGAGUCCGUCAUCUUGUCCAAACAUACUUCAAAGGCCUACAGAACUCGUCGUUCCGUUACAGAUGUCAUCAGUCCGAAUCUUCCUCUAUCCCCAGCUUCUCAAGGCAAUAGUGGUCUUGCGGAAAUUCCAAAUGCGCCCCAAAAGAUCGAUGCGAGGCAGUCCACGGCCAGGGAAGACGAUAAAGAACGAGAAGGGUCCGGUAACAGUCUACCACUCGCAGCUCAGUCACUGGACGGGACAGGUCCCACCUCUUCCUUACUACAAGAGAGAGAGCCAAGACAGUCUGGCCCACGUAGCUAUGGGAACACGUAUCCUGUGUGCACAGAGGUUGUGCUCUCUCUCGAAAGUCUCGUUUGGGGCAGUCACCUCGCGUCUGGCACAGACAAGCGGCCUAACCCUCCCACCAACACCGAACUGCAUGACAGGGCAACCCCUAUUCUACCAGUUCGUCUGGAAGAAGCCAUCCUCCAAUUUCAUCAAGACCAGAUCGCUUGGAUGCAUAAUGUUAUACACGUGGCUUCGUUCGCAGAGGAGUGCAACAGCUUGCGAUGGGAACAAGCCAUACCCAGCAUGGCGUGGCAGUCGCUCUACUGGUCUAUGAUGAGUACCGGUUUAUUUUACAUGAAGCAUCAGUCUUGUGUCGAGCUUGGCAUCCAAGAUAAGACUACGCUCACUGAGACAUGCUACCGCAGAGCUCUGGACGCACUUGCGUCGUCUGACUUCAUGGCAGUUCAUUCAAUGCACGCCCUCCAAGCCAUUUGCCUACUCGUUCCGUGCGCAUAUGCUCUCGGAGAUUCCAAGCGUAUCAUUGUCCUCUUGUCCUCCGCAACUUGUAUCGCACAGCUCAUGAGAAUUCAUGUCCUUGGCCCGACUCCCUCUGAACCUGCUUCCGCAAACUCGCUGAUGGAACACGAGAUCAAAAAGCGAAUCUGGUACUUUCUAGUGAUCCAAGAUUCGUACCUCACCACAUUCAAGGGGACGUACAACAUAGUCCCUGCUCAUGCCAAGACUCCUCUGCCGGUGAACUGCUCCGAGGUGAUGGAGGAAUUCCAGGAAGCUGGCAAAGUCCAGGUGCUUCCACUUUUGAUACCAACGCAAACAACAUACAUGAUUCUCCAAGUUUACCUAACCGGCAUCAAACGGAGACUACACGAAGACACAUACGAGGCCGCAGGCAAAAGAAUCAACGUUGCAGAAAGAUACCAGAAAGUCUUGCAAACUGAUGAAGACUUGGCCAUCCUCCGGCAACAGCUUCCUCCAUGGAUGAAGACCAAGACUUGCCCAACGGACGCGGCACCUUUCGUAAGACACCAAUGGCGGACUUUCCGAAUAUCUUAUGCACACAUGAAGCUAUCCAUUCAUCGGGCAUUCUUCUGUCACUCAUUUACCAUGAAACAAUUCAGCUACUCGCACCAGGCGUGCUUGGAUGCCGCUCACAUGUUGUUGUUGACGUAUCGCGACACGGCUCAGGCCAGCGAAUUUGACAGCUGGACUGUUCCAGCGCAUGUCAUCAGCGCCAGUCUCAUUAUGACUUUGGACAUUGUACUACGCGACAAUGGUGACGACUUUGACCCUAAUGUUGCAAGAUCACUCGCUGAUGAUAAAGGCCUCAUGCUUGAGUGUCUGGAGCUGGUGGCGGUUACCCAGUCUAGCCUGCUAGUUAAGAGAGGCCUCACUCUAGUCAGCAAACUACUUGCCGACAGAGAACGGAGGAGUCCGGCCUAUUCACGUUUUGAUGGUCCGGAAAUUUCAAAGCUUGUACAGGAGGUCGAGGACGCAUUGGCAACUGAGGAGGCGCCUCCUACAGCGUACAAUGUGACAUUCGAGGAGUACUUGGAUAUGAUGGGAAACGAUCCUUUUGCAUUUAUGGACCACGAGUCAUGUCUUUUAGAUUAG